AUGUCUACCCCCGAAUCUUCUUAUCUCUCUCUUCAGGGUAGCACGGCUAUCGUAACCGGGGGUUCUCGAGGUAUCGGCGCAGACAUUGCAAUCGAACUCGGACGACGCGGGGCCGAUGUCAUACUCAUAUACUCCGCUCCUAGCAGCGAACACUUAGCCCAAUGCAUCGCCGAGAGAAUCACCUCACUCCGUCACCAUCCCAUAGCCCUCUGCAUCCGCGGUGAUCUCGUCGACUGUCAGACCCCGAGUACUAUCGUAGAUACGGCUAUCAACUGGCUCCGAGCGAACGGGAAGGAGGAGAAGAUCCAUAUCCUCGUCAACAACGCAGGGGUGGAACUUGCAAAGUCCUUAGGUGACAUCACACCCGGGGAUUUCGCCUCGGUAUACGACGUGAAUGUGCGCGGGACGCUGCUCAUGACUCAGGCCGUCUUACCCUACCUGGCGACCAAUGGCCGCAUCAUCAAUCUCUCGUCGGUAGGCGCUCGGGCGGCGUUCGCAAACCUCUCAGUAUACUGUUCGUCGAAAGCGGCGAUCGAGGGGCUGACAAGGUGCUGGGCUGCCGAACUUGGGCGCAACGGCACGACUGUCAACGCUGUCAGCCCUGGGCCUGUCCAAUCUCAGAUGCUGGAUCACAUCCCGCAGGAGCUGGUGGAGGCGCAGAAGAAGGCGACGCCGAUAGAGCAUCGUGUCGGAACUACGGAGGAAGUGGCGGACAUUGUGGCGUGGCUGGCAAGCAAGGAAAGUAGGUGGGUUACAGGGCAGACGAUUAGUGCAAGCGGUGGAUGGGCUGUGUACUGA